CCCGGGGUAUCACCACCCCCCCCUCUUCCACCUCUGCGGGAGAUACCCACGGGCAGGAUUUAGAGUGACGGGUAGACGUGGUGGACGCUUUGACGUGGGAACGUUUUCGUAAAUAAUAAUAAUAAUCAUCAUUAUCAACAACAACAACAACAAUAAUUCCUAAACGGCGAUUGUUGGUGUGCCUUCACAUCGACUGCAACCACCGCUGUCUAUUGCCAAGGCUUGGACGAGAGCAUUGUAUUCAACAACAACAACAGCAACAACAACAGCCACAACAACAACAACAACAACGCGCGUGGUUGACGCGGCAACACGCAGCUUGAGGUGUUCCGAGUGUGAUGCUAACUGCUGUGCAAGUUUCCGGCGUCUAAUAGGAGACGAUCGCCAUCAUUCACCAUCGGCAUCAAGUGUCAGAUACAGUUCUGCACAACGAAAUUGUCGUUUUUGCUUAAACAACAAUCAACAACAACAAAUCAACAACAACAAAUCAACAACAACAACAACAGAGUCUGAUAUAAACUUAUUUCCCAAAGUUGCUUGGUUUAGCAGCAGCAGCAGCACCUCCAAUCAAUCUCACACCAACUUUCCAAAAAGAGCCAUUUUUACAACAACAACAACCAACUACAACCACCACCAACAACAACAAACAAGUGACAAUGUACAUCAACUACCGGCUGCAGGAGAAGGACCCGAACGGUGCCACGCCGCCGAUGUUCGCGAGUUCGCGGCCACCCAACAUCAACCUGGGCCCUCCGACCAACUUCGGGGUCCCACCACAGUACCACCCCCACCACCACCACCACACGGACUAUCCGCCCGGCUACCACACAGCUCCCGGCGACCACCACGGCUUGCAGUCCACCUCGUGGCCUCACCCCUACGUGGCUCAGCCGCGCGACGACUGGCACGGAUUCGCGCUGGCACCACCGGGCACGAUCCCCACGUCGCUCCACUCGGGCCAGGUCUUCUACUCGCCCUCCGCCGACUUCGGGCCCGUGCAGACUCCCGGUGGCUCCGUGAUGCCCUCCCUGGGGCCCGGCGGACCUGGCGGUGGUGGUGGUGGCGGCGGCGGUGGAGGCGGUGGAGGCGGUGGAGGUGGUGGCGGUGGUGGCGGUGGUGUUGGUGGUGUAGGAAUCGGGCAUCUUGGAGUUGGUCUCCAGAAAGGAGGUGCAUUCGAGUGGGCCAAGAAGGCGGGACAACCGGCAAAUGGAGGCAAAACGCGUACCAAGGACAAGUACCGCGUGGUGUACUCGGACUACCAGAGGCUGGAGCUGGAGAAGGAGUUCCAGGCGAAUCGAUUCAUCACGAUCAGGCGCAAGUCGGAGCUCGCGUCGCACCUGGGCCUCUCCGAGAGACAGGUGAAGAUCUGGUUCCAGAACCGACGAGCGAAGGAACGGAAAGUGAAUAAGAAAUUGCAGCAGCAGCAGCAACAGCAGCAGCAGCAGUCGCGCGUCUCGUCAGCCUCCCCAGAGAUCUCGUCGGGCAUGCCGCCUCUCAGCAGCGGCACGAACGUCGUGAGCAGCAGCAGCCUCUUAUCGGGAGGGGUCCCCCUGCAGUGAGGCAUCGGUGGCCCCACGCCCAGUCCACGCGGGACGUUGGCGCAACGUUGGCCUCCCAACGUUGGCCCGACGUCGUGCCCGCCAACGUUGGGCCAACGUUCGAAAACACGCGCCGACGCUGGCCCCAGCUGUUACUGGGCAAGUGGUUGCGCUGUGGGGUGUACAUUGUGACCGUGGGUGAACGUGUGAAGGGCGUCUGCGUCGGAACGUGCGCGCGCCGUGCGUUUUGUGAUAUAUUAUAAUGUAUAAGUUGGGCGGCAAUGUGUCUAUGUGUCAAAUCAAGAUUGUCUUUGUUGUUGUUGUUGUUGUUGUUCGUGCGCGUGGUUAGUCGACCCGAAACCACCGAUGGGGGGGUGGUGGAGGUGGUGGUGGUGGUGGUGUGUUCCCCGUGAUCUCCUGCUAGCACCUAGCCUGGCACCGGACCUGUGGGUGACGUUGCCGUUGCUUGCAAGUCGGUUGUUGUUGUUGUUGCUGUUG